UCCAGUUCUUUCUUUCCAGCGCGGGGGUGAGUUGUCCGCAACGCCCCCCAAGAUUGCCGUAAUAUCGAUCGAUCUCGCCCUAUUUCCGCGGGCGCCGAUCGAUCCGUGCUCGCGGCCUCCUCUUGCCAUGGCGGAAUCCCUGGCAGGAGCGCUAGGCGCCGGUAUCGAUUAGGUCGCGGCAAAGAUGAGGGAUUGGAACGGCGUGCCGAUUGCCGCGGGGGGAGGAGCAUCGGAUUUGCGGCAGCAGCAGCAGCAGUAUGUUCUUCCUCACGAACUCCAGCAGAUGCUCGCCGCAAGAAAUCUGGCAGCGGUCUCCUCCAGCGCCAGCGGCGUGGGUCAUUUCUUGGGAAUCUCCCGGGAGCCGAUGUCGCCGCCACCGCCAGUGCAAGCUCCUCCACAGCCGCAGCACCAGCAGCAGCAUUUCGUGAGGGAUCAUCACGCGCAUCUCCAGUAUCUGGCUCACAAUCUCCAUGCCAAUCCUCCUCCUCACGACCCGCCGGCGUCUUCUUCUUUCAAGCAUCUCUUGUCUUCUUGCUCCGUGGCUAUGGCGAGAAUUCCUAGCGAUCUCGGACAGCAGCACGAUCACCCCCAACGCCGGCAAGAAAGCGAUCGGGGGGAUCAUCGUGAGGAUGGCAGCGGCGAGUGGCCCAGCGACGAGGCAAGGGCCUUGAUCAAGAUUCGCGGGGACAUGGAGUCGAGUUUCCAGAGGGGCACCCAUCCCCAUCUCUGGGAAGAGAUCUCGAGGAAACUUGGAGCCAUGGGUUACAUGCGGAGCGGGAAAAACUGCAAGGAGAAGUUCGAAGGCAUUGUCAGCUAUUUCAGAAAGACAAAAGAAGGGAACGGAGGUGAAGACACAGGCUACCGCUUCUUCGAGGAGCUAGAGGCUUUGUACGGUAGUAACAGUGGGCUUACAAUGGGUGCAACAACGACGGAGUUCCACAAGGAAGGGAACAAUGGAAACCACAACCGUGACAGCGGCGUUGGAACACAGCAGCUGGCGAGUGCGUUGGCACAAGGUGUUUUAAGUAGCAGAGAUCCAGAAGGUGAUUGCUCGGAACAACGAGAAAAUCACAACAACAUUAUCGAUCAUGCCACCACCACCACCAACAACAACAGCAACUUUGACGUGAAUUCCUCGUCAGAGUCAUCUGCAGAGUAUGACGAGCCCGGUGGUGGAACCAGCGAGUACGGCGACCACGGAAAGAACGUGAAGAAGAGGAAGCGAAAGUCGUGGAAGGAAAGGAUGGCCUUUUUCGAGAAUCUAGUUAAGAAGUUUAUGGAGAAGCAGGAGCAGAUGCAGCAGAAUUUUCUGGAGCUGCUCGAGAAGAGAGAGCAGGAGAGAAUGAAGCGGGACGAGACGUGGAGGAAGCAGGAGGUGGCGAGGCUCAACCGGGAAUAUGAGCUCCGGGUGGAAGAACACACGAGGAGAAUCAAUUACGACACGGCGCUUGCUAGUGCGCUUCAGAAGGCGACGGGUCAGGUUCUUGAAAUGCCACACCAGGGACCGGUUCCUUCACCGUACUCCAACACCCUGGCCGAGAGCAACGACGAUCACCACAAGGAGGUGUGUGACUCCAUGAACAAAAGGUGGCCGAGAGCCGAAGUCCAAGCUUUGAUCCAGCUGCGGGCCGCAAUGGAGACCAAGUUCCAGGAGGUCGGUCCCAAGGGCCCGUUUUGGGAGGAGAUAUCAGCGGGGCUGGCGUGCCAGGGAUACUCUCGAAGCGCAAAGAGGUGCAAGGAGAAGUGGGAGAACAUCAACAAGUACUACCGCAAAACGAGCACCAAGAAGCGGCCCGAGAACACGAAGACGUGCCCAUACUUUCAAGAGCUGGACGUGCUGUACCAGAAGGGAAUUAUUGGCACGCCGAGCGCGUCCACGAAGUCCGGGCAGCAAAACAAUAACAGCGGCGGCAACACCGCCACCACCAUCAGCAACGUCAACAACACUACCAACAACAGCAAGCAGCUGGACGAAACCACUGACGAGCUUGACGAGAGCAACAGGGACGACAGUGGUGGUGUCCAGGGCGAGGCCGAGGUGCUAAGCAUAAUGCCCAGCGCGGAAGCGACUCCAACCAACGCAGGAGCCUCGGCCGUCGGCGGUGGCUUGUUCUCGAGUCCCGAGAACUGCGCUCACAACACCGAGAGUAGCAAGCUCCAGAGCAACAGCCGGAGCCACCAGAAGCGAGGGUGGAUCGACAGCGCCGAGCGUCACACUGGCUCGCUCGGCUUGAGCUUCGAUGCGGUACAGGGAGCGGAGCUACUUUGCGGAGGGAGCAGCACCAAGGCUCUCAAGUUCGACGGUUUCAAGAACUUGAUGGAUCAGAGGCAGCAGCAUUUGCUCCACCAUCGCCAGCAGCAGCAGCAGCAGCGAAUCCAGCAGCAAGGGCCGCCAUCGCUGAUGAUGCAAGAGAGGCAGAGCCAGGAGUUCCAGGAAGCCGAGAGUUCGGCUACCACGAGAGGGCUGGUGGAAGGUUUUGCGCUCGUGGACGGGCUGGGAAGAAGGUGACGAAAACAAAAACCGAGGUACUUUUGUUCUUCCAGAGGUUCUUUCCUAGCUUGUUUUUUUUUUUUUUUUUUUUCUCUCUCUUGAGCCUUCGAUUCUACCAGGUUGAGAGAUGAGUAGCUAAGAAGCAUUCGCGGCUCCUGAAAGAAGAGAAGAGAGGAUAGAAACUUUAGCUCUUUAGAGAGGUGUAAGUUAUGGUAGAGAAGGGAAGAGAGAAGCUCUGGGAAUUUGCGCGCGAGUAGCUAUAGAGUGUGAUUCUUUUCGCAAACUACAAAAGUGUGUAGAGAGAGAGAUUUCCAGGAACUCGAAGAAACUUUCCUCUCGCGUCGUUUCUCGAAAGGCUUCGAGAGGUGUGCGUUCUUUUAAUUCGAUUGUCGGGUCCUUUCACAGCUAUACAUGAAACAGCAAGCUUUGUUCUU